UGAGUCACAUCAUCCUGUCUGAACUUCCUAUAUAUAUGUCACGUCCACACAAACUGAAUAAUGGCAACAAAAACAAAACCCCCUCUCACUGCCUCAUGACAGCAUGUUGGCAUUCCAGCUGGUGAUUGGCUGUGACUGCUCCCUCUCCUCCUUCCCUCUGUCCCCUUCCCUUUUAAAGCUGAGCCACAAUAGACUCAUUCACUGACUCAAAAACAACCUCACAAACCCCAAGAGCAACCAUGGACCAAGUCAACUUCAGCAGGGGGGUAAUGCAUAUUAAGGACCAUGGCUCCAGAGACUUGUCCCAGGAAACAGUCAAGAGGCUGAUCCUCCAGUCUCAGAAGGCAAAACAGCAAGCCUACUGUCCUUACAGCAAAUUCAGAGUGGGAGCGGCUCUCUUGACCCUCGACAACUGUGUGUUUACAGGUUGCAAUGUGGAGAAUGCAUGUUACAACCUGGGUCUAUGUGCUGAGAGGACUGCUAUCUCAAAGGCAGUGUCCGAAGGCUACCGGAGCUUCAAGGCUAUUGCAAUUGCCAGUGACCUGAAUGACCAGUUCAUCUCCCCGUGUGGUGGCUGCAGGCAGUUCAUAAGAGAGUUUGGCUCAAACUGGGAUGUGUACCUGUCAAAGCCAGACGGCUCGUACCUGAAGAUGACUGUGGACGAGCUGCUGCCCGUCUCCUUCGGCCCCGAAGAGCUGUCCAUGAAGAAAGUGUUUGAAAUCUCUCCUGAGUACUGACCCUGGAUUCUGACACCAAACACACACGAGUGGCUUCUGUGAACCACCCUGACAUGUACUGUGUAAAACGCACAUGCUGCUGAAAAUGUAUUUACGUUUAGCAGUCAUUCUAUUUAUGGUAAAUAUUUACUCUUUUAUCCGCUGAUUGUAAACAAUGUCAUAUUUAAAUUUACUCUGUGUAUCUGUAAUAUUAAUAAACACAACAUGAGGGUAAUUGACAAACUAUUUGCUGGAAAAUUCACUGUGCUUUAAUUAGUGAUCCAUUAAUCAGUGGUGGAAGAAGUUUUCAUAUAAUUUACUUAUGUUUAAGUUCUAUAACCUAAGCACACUGUGAAAAUACGUCACUACAAGUAGAAGUCCUGUAUUCAAACCUUACUCAAGUAAAAGUACUGUAUGUAAGUAUUAUCAGCAAAAUGGCAAAAUGUACUUGAAGCAUCAAAAGUAUUGAUUGUAAAAUGUUCCCUGUUAGUGUUUCACUACUACAUGACAUUUUAGAUUAAUAUAACUGCUGCAUUAAUGUGUGUGUGUUGCAACUGACUGUAGAUGUUUAAUGUUUGUAGCUUUGCUGUCCUGUGAGAACCACGUAAAGUUUGCCCAACCAAGAGGGUUUUAAAUAGUUAAUUUAGCUUAAGAAGUACUAGAAUUUUCUUAACACAUAAAGGAAAACUUGGAGAUUUGGAGAAACAUGGUUUUCACUGGACAGUAAAGGUAUGACAAACUGUAAUCUAAAAAGCUGUCAGGCAAAUGUAGUGCUGUAAAAAGUACAAUAUUUCCCUCUGACAUGUAGUGGAGUAGAAGUAUAAGGCUGCAUAAAAUGGAAAUACUCAAGCAAAGUGCAAGUACCUUGAAUCUGUACUGAAGUACAUUCCACCACUGGAUGCUGUAUUGUUGUAGAUAGAAAUCUUUACUUUAAAGAAGCAUGAUGGAAAAUGGUGUAUCGUAUCCACAUAUUUUAAUAAAUAAACUGUUUUAAAAGGA